AUGAAGAAAGGCGAGUCAGCUAGUUCUGUGAAGGCAGAGGUGGAGUCUGGAAUUGAGCUGCACGUGAAUGUUCCACCGCCACGUCAUCAUCAUGGUGGCGUCGGUGCUGACGUGGAGGCAGAGGACAUGGAUCCGGAGUCGCCCUCCCUCAUGAGCUACAUGCCCAUGGAUCUAUUGGAAGAUGACAGCCACGAUGCUGCUGCUGCUGCUGGAGCAUUGGACGGCUCAGAUCAAGGCAAAUCAUGCAGCGACGACGGUGGAGAUGCGGAGGAAGUACCAGGGCUAGGGAGUGUCCCUGUGUCCCUGGGUUUUGACCGUGGUGAUUUGGAUGGACUCAGCGGACGUGGGAGGAUGCUGGGUGCGGGGUAUGACGAGGAUGGGCGCAAGCUGCACAUGCCGCGGAGAGCAGAUGCUGGUGCUGCUGAGGGCGGAGCAGCAGCAGCAGCAGCAUCCCUUGCUCUUGACUUACCAGGAGUGGGAGGUCUGAUGGUUUCAGGAAGUGAGGAUUUUCCCCAGCGUUUAGGCAGAGCUGGCGGUGCUGGUGCAGGGAGGGGCCUGGGGUUGGCUGUGGCGGCUGAGCAGGGAGAGGGGUGGGGACUUUUGGGAAAGCGGCAUGCGGAUAUGAUUGCGGAUGCUGCUGCUGAUGCCGGCGCUGGUGGCGGUGGCGAGGGGAGUGGCUGGGGUGAUGCAGGUGGUGCGUUUGGGCUGCAGGAGAGGAUUUGGAGCUCGUUCGGCCUGCAGAGUUGCUCCAACCUGCGGAGGGCUAAAGGCGAGCAUCAGCAGCAGCAGCAGCAGGUGCAGGAGCAGCAGUUUCAGGCGCCCAUGGGGUGGGAAGUGCCAGUGGAGGAAGGGAGGUUCUGCAUCAGGUGCAAGGGCUCUGCAGAGAAGCUCAGGCAUGAAAUCAAGGACCUCAAGCUCACACAGAGGGCAUUGGAGGCGGAACUGGUGUGGGCCAUGGAGGGGAAGAUUAAGGCGGAGCAGGCAGUGGCGGAGCUGGGCCAUGCGAGGAAUGACUCCCCUCUGCAGCACAAGCGGCAGGGGCAGGAGGCGUGGCAGCGUGAGCAGGUGCUUGGGGAGAAGGAGCAGCAGAGGCUGGCAGAAUUAGAGCGAUAUGUGGAGCGCAUAUCAGCGCAGUUCCAGGGGCUGCUGGGGAGCUACAACUCCGUCGCCAGCCAGCUGCAGCAGGCACACGCAGAGACCUCUCAACUGAGAGCAGACGCCCUCCAGCUAAGGGCAGCUAACAUGGAGCUUCUGCGUCGCGGCCAGGCGCGAGACGCCUCACCUACCAUGCCCGCCAUGCCAGGCAUGCCUGGCUUGCAGGGAAUGCCUGGCGUGCCUGUCGUCACUGCACCGCUGCCUCACAGCCCACUGGUUGGCACAGCAGCGGCACUUGCAGCACAAGGGCGAUCAUUGCUGCGUUCCUCAUUGCGUAUGCACCUCUUCCUUUUUCUCACGACUGUUUCGAUUGUAGGUGGCUGUUUUUCUUCCCUUGUCUGCGUACCUCUUUGCUAG